GGGGGGGGCGGGUUUAUUUUGCUUUGGGCCACUCUAGCCACUGCCGCCGCCGCCGCCAUUAGGCGAGCCAGGACAGAGACCGGCGGCCUUGGCCCUGCCUCCCCUCUUUCCGCGGAGUGGUAUCGCCCUCCUCCUGUUCCUCCCCUCCUUUUACCAGACCUGGAAGAAACCAUGUCCUGACCAGAGAGGGGGGAGUCUAUGUUGUUGGCUGCGGCGGGGAGAGGAGGCCGCAGGCUGCGGUGCAGGGGUGGGUGGGAUGCGGGAGAAGGGAAUGGGCUGCAGCUGCUACUGAAGGAGGAGGAGGAGGAAGAAGGAGGCCGCCGUGGGAGCAACAAGAGAAACAGCACCACAAUAUUCACAGAUAGGAAAACCCUAAGCAAACAUUUUGAAGUGCCAAUGAAUUCAAAGGCAAGGUGCCACUGCAGUGCAGUCCCUUGUUUCUCUUCCUCAAAGGUACUCCUUGGAGCAGUAAGACUUCACACCCUCCCUGAUUGAUGAAUAAUACUUGAGGAUGCUGUUACAAGCAGUUUUGCUCCAACAGUUGUAUGUACUGUUUACAAGCUGAGGAGUUUGAAAGACCAUUACCACUUGUACCACCAAAGUAUUUGGUCAUAUAUUCUGCAAAGAACAGUUCUGAAGAACUUUGGGAACAACAUUAUUUUUAGCAGGCAAGAGUUGUAUACGAAUUGUGGUUUUUUAGACCUCAGGAAAAGCUGUUUGCGAAGUGCUGUCAAUCAUCGUUGGCAGUUUCCACUGAAGAAGACAAGGCCUGAAACAGCAUGGAGACGAAAUAGACUCUUCAGUAUAGAAAAACUUUCUGCCUGAAACAAUCUACUUCAAGAAGUGCAGGAUGACAGAACGUGGAAUAAAAUGGGCUUGUGAGUAUUGUACAUAUGAAAACUGGCCAUCUGCAAUCAAGUGUACCAUGUGCCGUGCUCAAAGACCUAGUGGAACUAUUAUCACAGAAGAUCCAUUCAAGAGUGGCUCAAGUGAUGUUGGUAGAGAAUGGGAUCCAGCAAGUAUUGAAGGAGGCAGCAGCCCUUUGAUAUGCCCAGAUUCCAGUGCAAGACCAAGAGUGAAAUCAUCCUACAGCAUGGAAGGUGCAAAUAAGUGGUCAUGCCACAUGUGCACGUACUUGAACUGGCCUCGUGCAAUAAGGUGCACUCAGUGCUUGUCUCAGCGUAGGACCAGGAGCCCCACAGAAUCCCCUCAGUCUUCAGGAUCUGGUUCAAGACCAGUUCCUUUCUCUGUAGAUCCAUGUGAGGAAUACAAUGAUAGAAAUAAACUGAACAUGAGGACACAGCACUGGACUUGUUCUGUCUGUACAUAUGAAAACUGGGCUAAGGCCAAAAAGUGUGUUGUGUGUGAUCAUCCAAGACCCAACAACAUUGAAGCAAUAGAAUUGGCAGAAGCAGAGGAAGCUUCUUCAAUAAUAAAUGAGCAAGAUAGAACUCGAUGGAGGGGGAGCUGUAGUGGUGGUAAUAGCCAAAGAAGAUCCCCUCCUACAACCAAACGGGAAUCUGAAAUGAAAAUGGACUUUCAGAGAAUUGAGUUGGCUGGAGCUGUUGGCAGUAAAGAAGAACUUGAAGUUGACUUCAAAAAGCUAAAGCAAAUAAAGAAUAGAAUGAAGAAGACUGACUGGUUAUUUCUCAAUGCUUGUAUUGGGGUGGUAGAAGGUGAUCUAGCUGCUAUUGAGGCAUACAAGUCAUCAGGAGGAGAUAUUGCACGGCAGCUUACUGCAGAUGAAGUACGCUUAUUAAAUCGCCCUUCUGCUUUUGAUGUGGGAUACACACUUGUCCAUCUUGCUAUACGUUUUCAAAGGCAAGAUAUGUUAGCAGUACUUCUAACAGAGGUAUCUCAGCAUGCAGCCAAGUGCAUUCCAGCUAUGGUGUGCCCAGAGCUUACUGAACAAAUCCGGCGUGAAAUUGCUGCUUCUCUUCAUCAGCGGAAGGGAGAUUUUGCUUGUUAUUUCCUAACUGAUCUUGUAACUUUUACGUUACCUGCAGAUAUUGAAGAUUUGCCACCAACAGUUCAAGAGAAACUAUUUGAUGAAGUACUUGAUAGGGAUGUUCAGAAAGAACUAGAAGAAGAAUCUCCUAUUAUAAACUGGUCACUGGAACUGGGUACGCGUUUGGACAGUAGACUUUAUGCACUUUGGAAUCGGACUGCAGGGGACUGCCUGCUUGAUUCAGUACUACAAGCUACCUGGGGCAUUUAUGACAAGGACUCGGUGCUACGUAAAGCUCUUCAUGACAGUUUACAUGAUUGUUCCCAUUGGUUCUAUACACGAUGGAAAGAGUGGGAGUCAUGGUAUUCUCAAAGUUUUGGUUUACACUUCUCACUGAGAGAAGAGCAAUGGCAGGAAGACUGGGCAUUUAUACUUUCUCUUGCUAGUCAGCCUGGAGCGAGUUUGGAGCAGACACACAUUUUUGUACUUGCACAUAUUCUUAGAAGACCAAUUAUAGUUUAUGGAGUAAAAUAUUAUAAGAGUUUUCGGGGAGAAACUUUAGGGUAUACCCGUUUUCAAGGUGUAUAUUUGCCUUUGUUAUGGGAACAGAGUUUUUGUUGGAAAAGCCCUAUUGCUUUGGGCUACACAAGGGGCCACUUCUCUGCUUUGGUUGCCAUGGAGAAUGAUGGCUAUGGCAAUCGAGGUGCUGGUGCUAACUUGAAUACUGAUGAUGAUGUUACUAUUACUUUUUUACCAUUGGUUGACAGUGAAAGGAAGCUGCUGCAUAUACACUUCCUGUCUGCUCAAGAGAUUGGUAAUGAGGAACAGCAGGAGAGGCUGCUCAGGGAGUGGCUGGACUGUUGCGUGACCGAGGGGGGAGUCCUAGUAGCUAUGCAGAAAAGCUCUCGCCGGCGCAACCAUCCCUUGGUAACACAGAUGGUAGAGAAAUGGCUUGACCGGUAUAGACAGAUCCGCCCCUGCACAUCCCUUUCAGAUGGAGAAGAAGAUGAAGACGAUGAUGAUGAAUGACAAAAUUGAGAUACCUGGCUGCAUAUAAUGUGUGGUGACAACCCCAGCACUUGGGGUGCAGUCUAGCAAAUUGUUACAAGAUGACCCAAUUCUCUAGCAGGAAGCAUUCCUGCCCAGGAUUUUUAAUCAGUACGGGGAGAAUUCAGAAGCUCUUCGGCUGUGUGAAGACAGCUAUGUCGAUUGGACUACCAUUUGUUUAAAAAAGAAAAACAAGGAAAAAAAGAAAACAAAGCCCUAAUUUUAUUACCAGGACAGAAAGCAUUUUUCUUUCCAAUUGUACAUCUGCCUAUAAAUGUACCGCAUGUGGUUGUGUAAGAAAGUUGUGUAAUAGGAAAAAGUAUUACCAGCAUCUUAAAAUUAUUGAUGAAAUUUCUUUUGAAUAAGGGCACUUAAAAAGCACAUCAUAGAUGAGUAUCUGUUUCUUUCUUUUUUCUUUUUUCGGCUUAAAGUAAAACUUGGUUAUUCUGCAUCACUUUUUGAGCAUUCUGACACACUUCAGUAAAAGACCAUUUCAUAUGAAAUCUUGCUAAUGCCCAGGUCAGAUCAUGUGGCUUUUUUUUUUUUUUUUGGUUGGUGGUGCCAUAUAUCCAGAGUUAAGUCAGAAGUAUAAACAAACUUACUGUUUUAUUAAGAUUUGAGUUAAUGUUGUGCCCAUUAUAAUAAAAUGAAAUAUUAAAGGGAAAAAAAACCCUAUGGAAGGGACAAUGAAUUUUGAUUUUGUUUUCUGUAAAGGCUUCUCUGCUGUCCAUUAAUAUUUUGUAUCAUUUAUUUUGGGUAGUAUUUUUUUUCCUUCCAGCCUACUUAAAAUAGUCAAAGAAGUACUGUUUCAGAAAGCUAUUAUGCUAAACAGUUGUGUGAAUUUGCUAAACUGAACUAAAGAAACCUGCAUUUUGUCCAAACCCGGUAUUGCUGUGAGUUGUACAGUAGAAAUUAAUCUUAUAUCAAGCCUCUCCCAAUGCCAGUUAAAAUUGCCUCCAUUGAGGAGCUCUCCUUGGUCAUUAAAAUCGAGUGAGAAAGCACUUUGGCCGUUUUCCUUAAAAGCCUUCAUUCUGAAGUUUGUUUUAAGUACUGUAUAUUAUCUUUUCUUGGUAUGUAAACUUUGGAAUUUUUUGCAUGUUGAUUGUGGCCACAUUUGAAUAUGUAAGUUUCCUGAAAGUAUAAGUUCAGAAUAUAUUCUCCAGUAGAAAAAUCUUUUUAUUAUACUUGAUAACUUUAGCCAUGCUAUCUUGAAUGGGUAUAGCCUAUCCAAAACCUCACUUUAAAAACACUAAAGGUUGAAUAGUUUUGUAUGCAUAAAGCAGAUCCUGCUAAGCACUUUUUGAAGACUAAUGAUGGUGGAAAUGAAGACGAGGAAUAUCUUGCAAAAUGGAUAUCCUUGUUGAAGAAUCUGGACAGAAGUUAUACAUACAUAUUUUUUACAUAGUUGUAAAAAACAAAACACAACAAUCCUGGAACUCUUCAGAAUUUGCUGCUUUUCUAAAUGUGGCUUAGUGUUGAAAGCAAACUCGCCAACAAAAUAAUCUUAGUGACAGAUCUCCACUGAAAUUUCAUUAAGGUACUAACAUUGAAGAAAUGCAUUAAUAUAACCAUUUCCCACCUCUUGACACAAGCAUAUUUUGUGUGUGUCUCUGUGUGUUUGUAUUUUGUCGUUGGUUCUCUCUCAGUGCAUGCAUACAUUAUUAAGUAAAAAUGCACGUUUACCUGUGAUGGGUUAAAAUUCCCUAAACAGUAGAAUAAUUGGGUUUCUCUUCUGGUAACAGAUUCUGCUUUAAUGUACAAUCCUAAUUUUUUUUUUCAGAUACAGUCAUACAGUAAAGUUAGUACAGUACCAUACUUCUUUGCCUACCUUACAUACAUCACAGUGAAAACCCCACAUCCCUGGACCAGUAAAAUAAGCUUGAUUGGUAGGAUUGUAUGGGAGGAGGUAGUUACUUGAAAUGAUGCAAGUUGUCCCCCAAAUUUUAUCUUAAAUAGCUGCUUCCAGUGAGAUACACCUGUUUUACUUUCAUUUGUGCUGCCAUACUUGGUGGAGAUGGCUAAAUUAGUAGCCAUAUUAUUCCACUGCAGUAACGAAGCCUGGGUUUUUUUUUAAUGCGAUCAGAUGAAAGCAGUUGGUUUAUGUCUGGGAUUAAAAACCAAUAUUAAUUUUUAUUGUCUCAUAUCCUCACUCCUACAAGAUGUGUAAGUGUCUAAGUCACUUCUUAGUCUCAGCACAUCCCUGUGGUGGUUUUAUAGAUUGUACCAACAGCUUGGGAAAGCACAUACCAAGUCAAUUGUAAUUGUGCCUUGAAUACUGAUUGCAGUUAUGCAAGACCCUCUCACCUGACGGGACUUUGUGAGAAACCAAGCCCCCCUUUUUCUUUUCUUGGCACAUUUUAAGUUAGAACUGUAUUGUCAAAGUUGUAUCACUAAUGUAUUUUUAAAACCAAAGGUUAAGCUCCAGUUUUAGUUGGUUUUCUAUAGUAAUGUGUGAUGUUUCAGUAGAGCACUUACACUCACAGUUGUUUGACAGUUUGCCUUUCUGGUGGAAAGAGAGAUACAUCAGGUUUUGAAUACUUGUAUGAUUUUCUUCCCUGGUGGCCCACAUGCUGUUGGUGACAUACACGGAUGUAACUGAAAGUUUGGCCAAUGUAUUAAACUUUUGUUUUCUGCA